AUGGUAGGUUUUGCUUGCAUUUCGGCUUCAUGCAACACCUUGGGAUAUCCCCUAGCCGUUCUGCUGGACGUCUGCACAGACUACGAGCUUGCUGCCCGUCGUGUGCUCGCCGUCGCCGGACCAGUUCUCGCGGUCGACCUCCUCAACCCUACUCCUCAGGCUGAGGCUCGCAAGCACAAGCUUAAGACCCUUGUGCCUGCUCCCCGUUCCUUCUUCAUGGACGUCAAGUGCCCCGGCUGCUUCACCAUCACCACCGUCUUCUCCCACGCCCAGACCGUCGUCGUCUGCGCCGGCUGCUCGACCGUCCUUUGCCAGCCCACCGGUGGCAAGGCCAGACUCACUGAGGGCUGCUCCUUCCGGAGGAAGUAA